AUGAGGUGUGGAAAACUCUCUGUCCAAUCGUGCAGCCUCCUGUGGUUCCUCAGUUCCGUAUGUCUGGUGUGCACCGCGCAACCGAAACUAGCAGCUUCUCGUGCAGCUUCUCGUGCAGCUUUCCACCUCAUCAUUCGGCGUCCACGUGUUGCAGGUGGAACGUUGACGAUCGCUCUUGACUCGACCGUCAAGUUCGUCAAAGGUCUUCGCAAAGACAUAGAGCAUCAUACCAUUCGUCUCCAGUAUGGCUCAAACGGUAAAAUCCUCACUAUGCGUGCAUCAAGUUGCCAAGAGCGCGAGUACUGGGUGGCCGCAAUUACAGCAGCAAUGUCGACAUCUAUCCACCCUCGACACGGACCUGCUUCUCGCACUGGAAACGGGUCGACCAUUUUUCAGAGCUUUCGGACGACCAAGUCGCAGCCAACCACCUAUGGUGCUUCAACGCGCGGCGAUUCUCUUCUUCGACGAUUGGUGGGACAGAACAUACCGGAAGCCAUGGAGCUCGUUCUCACCGUCGGUCAGAUCGUCGCAGCUGUCUACUAG